AUGGUCAAGACUUCCGUCCUCAACGAUGCGCUCAACGCCAUCAACAACGCUGAGAAGGCUGGCAAGCGCCAGGUCCUGAUCCGUCCUUCCUCCAAGGUCAUCGUCAAGUUCCUCACUGUCAUGCAGCGUCACGGUUACAUCGGCGAGUUCGAGGAGGUCGACGACCAUCGCAACGGCAAGAUCGUCAUCCAGCUCAACGGCCGCAUCAACAAGACCGGUGUCAUCUCCCCCCGCUACAACGUCCAGCUCCGCGACAUGGAGAAGUGGGUCGUCAAGCUACUUCCCUCGCGUCAAUUCGGUUACAUCGUCCUGACCACCUCCGCUGGUAUCAUGGACCACGAGGAGGCCCGCAGGAAGCACGUUGCUGGCAAGAUUCUCGGUUUCUUCUACUAG